AUGCAAAAGAGGCAGAAAAGGGAAGGCAAGACUGAGAAACAAACUUCGGAAUUGUUUGUCCCGGCUGAAAAUACGGAUUAUUUUGACAAAGUUUGUGACCCUGUACCUGCUGCUAAACGAAGUGCCGUGGAAGGCGUAACAACCAUCCCACAGUCGAAUGCCAUAGACACGAAUGAGGAUGAUAGGGUGACUUCCCUUGUUCGAGCCGAUGAAGAAGAAGUUUCGAAGGCAGUGGAGUACAUAAUGACCUCGACUCCACCGGAUGAAGACGAUGUCACUACCACAUCCAACAUCGUUGGUCAGAAAGAGACCGAAGCCGAAGGCACUGUGAUUGACGACAUUGCUGAGUUUGAGAAUGCACAGCGAUCGCCCAGACUAAGUUCGGUGUGUCACAUGUCAGGAAUAAAUGUAAAUGUCGAAUUUGCCAGUCCUACCUCAGGAUCAAUCUACAUCAAGGAUCAUUUUGCCACUUGCCGUAUGGAGUUUUCGAACGCGACAGAAUCAUUUCUAAACAUACCUUUUCCCACAAACGAUGAUCCAAAUCCAAAAUGUCCAGGAACGGAAAUUGCACCAUCGAUGUGGUCAUUUUCUGUCAUCGUCCAGAAAAAUGACAUGGGUUCACCCUCAUUGGUAACCUCCACGGAUAGAAUGUUCAAUGUAUCGUGCGAUUAUACAGAGAUUGAGAAGGAAAAGGGUUCGACAACCAUCACUAGCGAAGGAGGCAACGAAGUGACAUCUACUCGUAUUGAAAUGCAAAUUCUCAGAAAUGGUCAUGCUGUUACUACGGUACCGCUUGGUGAAGAAGUGGAACUCAAAUGGACAAUCAUUGACACAACAGACGGUCUCGGUUACUUUGUGGAUGAAUGCAAAGCAGAGAGAGUUGGUGGCUCACCACCGGAGCCGGAACCACUGAAGCUUAUUGAAAAUGGGUAAAA